UGUGUGUGUGUGUGUGUGUGUGUCGGGUGGGCGGAUCGGCUUAGGGGGUUUUGUCUCAUGACACCAUCAUUACAGCUACCCAACCAAACCAAUCAAACACAAAGGUAUUCAACAGGUCAUAGUAAGGGGAGUGCCUUGAGUGAAAAAGACCUGCAUUCGCCCAUAUACCGUCAACGGCUUUGCUGUGUGGACGCCAGCUUUCUUUCAGGUUUGAACCGUUUGGUUGAGUCGGUUGGUCUCCUAACACCACCUGGAUUUGACGCUGCCCCAAGUAUGUCUAAAGCAAUUGAACGCCGUGUUGCAGUACAUAACGAUUUCGAAUUGGUUGGAUUUAACCCCAGCGCUACAAGCAGCCCAGGUGAAUCAUCGCGGGGUCAAAAGAACAAGGAACUUGAGGAAAUCCAGAAAUCAACUGAUUUGGUGUGUGCGAAUACGGUGUUACCCAGAGUUGAUCCUGAUCUGGAUGUAGCCAGCUGGUCUGAAGACUUUUUAAACAACUGGCACAUCAACAAUUUUUCAGAAAACGAGGACAAAACUACAGCGGCUGUACCAAAAGUUGGAACUCUAAAUAAACCAAGAGACACUGAUUUGCGGUCAAAUCAAGAACAUGAAGCCCAAGACCAGGUAGGCCGCUGUGCCAUAUGUAAUAAUUCUGGGGAAAAUAUAACAUUGGGGCAGCUUAAUCAAGAGAUAAAAAGACUGUCAAUUGAACAACGUAGACAAGCCGCUCUUCUUCGUCGGUGUGAUAAAGACAAGGUGAAACUAAAUGAAGAAAUUUCUAAAUUAGAAAAAGCGGUUCAGGAGCGUGACAUAAUUAUUCAGAAAAUAGUUGGUGAUCUUAACACACAUACUAAAUUGAUAAAAGACAAGGCUGAAUAUGAUAAAGUAACAAGAGAACUAUUAUUUAAUUUAAAUAGAUUCUUACAGUUAAAACUAUCACCAUGGAUUCCUGUUCCUGGACCAUCUUCCAGAUAGUCAUUUUUUGUUAUUGGUUAAGGCUUGGGUUUUGUAUUGUUUUUUAUUUAUUUUUAUUGUUUAAGGUUGUUUUGUAUUGUUGUGUUGACAUUGUCACGGCUGGUUUGUAUUGUGUUCAGUAGUUUUAAAUAAACUAACUCAUCAGCGCAAAACUUGAACGUAAACACGUUAGCGUUGUUUUAAAUACGUAAUGGUAAAAUCUCUAAAUUAAACAUAUAAAAUGGCAUCUAAUAGGUCUUGGGAGUCAGACAACAACCAGUAUGUUAGUAAGUGUUGGGGGCAGUUGUCACCCCUUGAACAAUUGCAGUGUCUAAAUGAUGAGUAUGUGACUGGUAUUGAUGAACUUAUUAAUGAACAGCAAGACACCGACACCUUACAUAACGUACUUGCUAGUUUACAAAUUACACUUGACAAUUGGUCGCCAAAUACAAGUCAUACAGCACAAUCCACACCAACAAAACGUUGUAGAAUCGGUGAUAGUUGCCGCAAUUUUGUGUAUAAUGACCCUAUAUAUGAAGCUUGGGACAUGUUCACCAUCGAGCAAAUACAUAGUCUAAACGAUGAAAUUGUGAUGGCUAUAGCAUCCCUAGAAAGUGACACACAAAAUAAUACACAACACAUAAACACAGAACAGACAGGCGCUGGCAUGCAAACACAUAGUUCCCCAUCACUUGAUCUAAUGGCUCCUAACUUUGGUUUAUCAUUAUAUAUAUGAUAUUGCACAGUUAGUAAGAAAUGGGGGGGUUGUUGAUGAUUAUACUGUGGUGCCUAGAAGUAGAUUUAACAGCGUUGUGUUACACAGGACUUUGAACUUACGUAAUGCUCCAUCUACAGAUAUGGCUUCAUAUGCAACCUAUAUACACAGUAUGUUGUCAGACAUUGUAUCUUUCUCCAGAGUGUUGGGUGGUGAUGGCAGUGUUAUUGAUAUCAAGCUAAGAGGUAGUAGUUUAACAUCUGACGUAAAUGCUUUGUUAUCUUCAAGUGAUGGUUACAGUGUUGACAGAUUUUCAGACGCUAUUGAACGGGUUAUACAGAGUAACAGUAGCAUUAAAACAGACGAUAGUUUGGUUUUGACUGUUUCCAUUGUGAUGAGCAAAAGCGGUGGUGUUCGUCGUAAGGUGCGUGACCUUACACACAAUCAGGUACUUGAUAGGAAUAGACUGAAUCUUUUCUGCCCAACAAAAAUCUCAAAUAACCUGUGUUUUGCAGUCUGCCUCGCUCAUUUUCAAAAUCCACAAGCACCCCACAACACAUUAGAACCCAUAGCCGAACAAAUACAGACAAAUGCUGGCUACACACGUCACCACAGGGUUGGGUUUAAUGAUAUUGGCUGUUUCGAAUACAAGUAUGGUGUUAAAAUAGUUGUUUUCCACAUAGCUAGUUCAGGUAAUUUAGAGAAGUAUCAAACAAAAGACAAAACACACCAAGACUGUGUUUCUGUAUCUUCAUGACAACCAUUAUUACUUGGUAAAAAAUUUGAAAGCAUUCAUGGGCGUCCCAUAUGUAUGUGAGUUUUGUUAUAAGGGUUACACCAGUGCCAGAGAUCAUAGUUGUAAAUACAGUUGCGAUGUGUGUCAAGAUGUGUUGUGUUACAAGAACCCCAGACAUUUCAAAUAAUGCGACGACUGUUCACGCUACUGCAAGUCCGAAUACUGUUAUAUUCAACAUAAGAAACAGAAACAACAACCUACAACAGGAGUAAUGGCGUCCUCAUGUGAUCUGACCAAGUAUUGUAAAAAAUGUGGCCGCCGUUAUUAUGUUAGUUUAACAAAGCCAAAACCCCACAGAUGUGUGUCAGGACAUUGUGUUCAUUGUGGAGAAGAGUUAAUAUCGGACACCACACAUGAAUGUUACAUACAACCAAUCAAAUUAAAAGAACCCUGCAAUUCAUACAUAUUUUUUGACUUUGAGACACGAUUUGAAAACGGUAAAUAUGAGGCUAAUUUUGUCUGUGCUAUUACAUGUGACGGUAGAGAGUUCACAGCUGAAGGGUCUGACUGUAUAAAGCGUCUUGUUAAAGAAUUUAGAAGACCUACAUACCGGGGUACACAUGUUUGGCGCACAAUGCUGCUGGAUUUGACAAUUUCCUGUUACUGGAAUAUUUUCUAAAGUGGGGAUAGCUGUCAAAAUUACCGUGAUGGGGUGCAGGCUGAUCUCCAUGUAUGACAAAGCAUUCAAACAACGCUACAUAGACCCAUACUCAUUCAUUCCAAUGCGAUUGGCUAAAACAGCGUCAGCGUUAAAUCUAACAUGUUUGGAGAGGGUGCUUUCCACACAAAUUUAAUCUAAAGAAAAAUGUAAGCUAUGUGGGCAAGUAUCCUGACAAGUGUUUUUACGGUUAUGACACUAUGGGUGACAAAGACAGAAAACAGUGAGUGGUACAACACAGUCUCUGGUGGUGUGUUUGACUUCCAAAAGGAAUUAUACAUUUAUGGCCAGAAUGAUGUCGUUUUACUACGCGAAGCGUGUAUUAAGUAUCGUAACGAGUUCAUUCAAUGUACAAAGUUGGAUCCGUUUAACUGUACAACACUAGCAUCAUGUUGCAUGGCUGCGUAAAAAACACGUUUUCUACCCAAAGACACAUUAGUGCUGACACAUAACACGUACAUUAACCAACACAAGACAUUCUCAAAUGUUUCUAUUGAAUGGCUUGAGUAUGUUAAAAGUACAAGAGAUGUCGAUGUACACCACGCACUUUCUCAUGGAGAAAUGAAGUUUGGUGCAUUUUAUGUUGACGGGUAUUAUGAAAAAGAUGUUGUACGUAAAGCUUUAGAAUGUAAUGCUUGCAUGCAUCAUGGUCAUGAAUGUCGCUACAGUCUGAACCAGGCCCACCCAAUGUCAAAGGUGUUAUAUGGUGAACUGAGGAAACAGUUUGACGCCAAGGUAGAGAUGCUUGUUUGUGCAUACAAACUACAUGUGGAAGUAAUGUGGGAAUGUCAGUGGGCGCGCGCUAAGAGGGAAGAUUUGUGUGUUAUGACAUUUAUGUCUAACUAUACAGGCCCCGAAAGACUGGAACCAAGAGACGCACUUUUUGGUGGUAGAACCAAUGCAUACAAAUUGUAUUACAAGGCAAAGAAGGGUGAGAAAAUCAGAUAUUUGGACUUUACUAGUUUGUAUCCAUUCUGUCAAUCUAGACAGAAAUACCCCAUAGGUCACCCUCAAAUAUUUUUCAAAAAUUUUCGACCUCUUGAGGAGUACUACGGUCUAGUUAAAGCAACUGUACAUCCACCUAGAAAACUCCUACACCCUGUUUUACCAUACCACUGUAAUGGUAAGUUAAUGUUCCCACUCUGUCGUACUUGUGCUGAGCAGGAAAACCAGCUUCAAACUUGCACACACAGUGAUAAAGAUAAAUUUAUCACAGGGACCUGGGUUAGUACUGAACUGAUGAAGGCUGUUGAGCAGGGGUAGGUGGUGGCAAAAAUCCAUGAGGUUUGGCAUUUUCCAGACAGUUCAGAGACGUUGUUCUGUGAUUACGUAAAGACAUUUUUACAGUACAAGCAGGAGGCCAGUGGUUAUCCAGUACAAGCCAUCACUGAGGAAGAGAGGGCAGAGUACAUCAGGGAUUAUUUUGAGAAAGAAAAGAUUCAGUUGAACCCUGACAGGAUUAGUGUUAUUGUUAUUAACCAAGCACGACGAUCUAUCAACAAAUUGCUGUUAAAUAGCUUGUGGGGCCGUUUUUCAAUGAGGGAAAACUUGCCAGUGUCUGAACUGUUAACUGACCCUGAACAGUUUUCACAACACAUCUUUGGUGAUGGAUACAAUGUUAAACAUUUUUCUUUUGUGUUUGACAGCACAGCACUGAUUCAGUGGUGCUAUUCUGCCGGAGACAGUUGCCCAACACGUGACAUUAAUGUGUUUCUCGGUGCUUUUACAACUGCACACGCUCGUUUAGAACUGUACAAUCUGAUGGAUAAAUUAGGUGACAGACUGUUGUACAGCGACACUGACAGCGUUAUUUUUGUGUAUUUUUGUGCCCUAUUUAGGGGCCCUAUUUAGGGGAUUUGACUGACGAGAUUGGUGGUGUCGAUUACAUUACAGAAUUUUGCUCAAGAGGUCCCAAGACAUAUGGUUAUCGUACAGCCGGCGGUAAAACAUGCAUGAAAGCAAAAGGAAUCACACUUAAUUCUGAAAUUUCUAAAGUUAUUAGACUCGACACUCUCAUUGGCCUUGUUGACCAUUAUGUAGUUCAUCGUGAUAAUAGUCGUCACAUACUUGCUCGUGCAGACAGUAUUGUGAGAAAUAAAAAGAACCUCACUCUGAAAAACAAGUCAGUUGUGAAACGUUUCAAAGUUGUGUACAACAAAUGGGUUCUGCUGUCUGAUUUUUCAACACUCCCUUAUGGAUACUAAAGGCAUCCGAGACUAUCGCGGUGUACGCGAAGUUGAUGGUUUUGAUUUUAGAUUACAACACCCUUUUUCCUGCGUAAUAAGUGGACCAUCAAAUUCUGGAAAAACAUUUUUCGUAAAAUGUUUCGUAAAACGUGCUGAUGAGUUGGUUUCACCGAAAAAAGAAAACAUAUUGUACAUUUAUAAUUGCUGACAACCCCCUUAUGAUGAAAUGUUGAAAAUAAGAAAUAUUAAUUUUGUUCAAGGGGUACCAACAAUGCUAAAUGAUGCCCUACUAUCGCCUAACAGAAAUAAUUUGUUAAUUAUUGAAAGAUGCCGGGAAUAAUUCUGAGGUGGAAAAGGUAUUUACACAAUAUGUACAUCACCGAAAUUUAAGUGCCAUUUACCUAAUACAGAAUGUUUUUUCAAGGAAAAUCUAGUAGGACUAUUAGUUUAAACACAAACUACCUCAUAUUAUUUAAGAACCCUAGAGAUACUAAUCAGGUUGGUGUAUUAGGUAGACAAAUGUACCCUGGUAAUACAAAAUUUUAAUGGAGUGUUUUCAAAAUACUGUAAGCAACCAUUCGGCCACCUCAUGAUUGAUUAUAAAGCAAAGACUCCUGAAGACUUUCGUCUCAGAACGGAUCUGCUUUCAAACGAUCCUGUUGUGUAUAUAUUCAGAAAAAACGCAGAUAGAUCAAUAUGUCUGACUGGCUAUAUAGAAACUUACCACUUCUUAAACUUUUAUUUAAUGCUAAACCAUCACAGAGACGUGUUAUUUUGCAGGCUGCAUCUGAUGAACUCAUCUUAACCCUGUGUGAAACAGCUCUUAAUGUGCUUACUGGUAACAUACCUCUUACACCAAUGCAACAUUGUAUGUUAAAGAAGAAGAAGACGGCCAUAAAAAUAUUUGCUGAUAAAAGGGGCAGAGUUUCACAAAAAAAGGAAAGUGCUUAAUCAGAAAGGGGGUUUUCUUCUACCAUUGCUAAGCAUCGCAAUACCGUUUAUAACAAGCUUGAUAACAAACAAACAAAACUGAAGUUAUGUUUUUGAAGAGAAUGUUUUUGGUAGCACAACACCAGUUGGAUAAGUUAAAGAGCGAGAACUCGCGGGGAACUAUCAGACAAAUUGUAGAAAAUGACUUAGAUGUGUCUAUUAGAAAUAUUUUGGGUAGGAAUGAUCUUGACGCUCAUGAGAAAGCCAAGCUUUAUGCCGCUGUUUUGCAGAGAUAUUUAACCAUUGCUAAACAGGGUGAUAUGGAGACCAACACUUUAAUUGUCAUUACCACCUGCAGAUAAUGUUAAUAAGGAUGUAAAUGUCAUUGAUCAGACUGAUGACAAAAAUGACGUAAUCACUGAUGUUUUUAGAAAUGUACCCUCACGAAGCAAGAGGAAUGUUCAGUAUGUUUUAGAUAAAAUGUCUAAAUCAAAAGAUGUCAUCCUGGAAUGAAUUUGGUGAAUUUGUCUUGCAUGGAAGUCCAGUCCCAGGGUCGCAUAUUCUGGACAUAGUGAAAAGUUUCACAGCACCGCACAGGGUUAGCGAUGAUCGUAGACCGCCAGGUUGGGAUGAGUUUCUAGAGGCUUUUGCUGUUUUAAACAUACCUCUUUCUACCAUACCAAUCAAGCAUGUAAGACAAAAAAUUGUUUUCUUAAACAAAAAGUCUGCUGGUUAUGCUGCGCCUAGGGGGGACAUUUCACGAUCGUCCGAUAGCAACGGUGAAACCCCAAAGUUUAAAACACCCAUUACUGACAGAAGUAAAUGGCUAAACUUCUAAGUCUUCUUUUUUUUGUGUGUGUUUGUGUGUCUGUGUAUCUUGAUUGUUCACAAUGUUGUGUACAUAUUUGUUUAUGUGUUUUAGAAUUGUAUUAUUUUGUUAACGAUGUGCUGAAUACUGAUGUUGAAUACUGUGUUGUAUUUUGUAAAUAAAUGAC